AUGGCAGUCAAAGAUGAAUAUGUCUUCCCACGCGAUCAUCUAGACAAUAACCGGAUCAAUGUCCAACACUACUUUUGGACCAGGAUGUAUGGCUAUCUUCUUCAUCCGGAUAUUCCCACAACAAGCCCAACCCUAAAAAUUGCAGACGUUGGAACCGGGACCGGGAUCUGGUUGCUAGAUCUGUGCGACCAACUACCGCAUUCGGUGCAGCUCGAUGGACUUGACAUUUCGUUUCAGGCCGCUCCAGUCAAAGAGCGAUUGCCCCCCAACAUGGCGCUCCGACACUGGGAUAUUCGAACAGAUCCCCCUGAAGAGCUGCUCGGGGUCUACGAUGUCGUUCAUAUCCGUUUGUUCUCCUGGGUGUUGCUCGCUGACGAGCUACCUGCAGUUGCAGGCAGGCUUUUCAAGCUACUCAAGCCAGGCGGCUUCCUACAAUGGACCGAAGCCGAUUUCGGAAGCCGGCGCACGGUGAAGACUAGCCCAGCAAACAAAUCAGAUGCGACUGACCAGCUAUGGAAGCUCAUGGAGCGCGACGACGAAAGGAUUCGUCCUAAAUGGGCCCCCAGCAUCCCUGCGUUGCUGCGGGAUCAGGGGCUCGAAGAUAUCAAGGCCGACGUUAGAGAUACGCCGCCUCACCUGCUUGGCCCCGUUCAGGACUGCAUUCUGUUAUCUGCGGAGACGAUCAUUCGGAGCGGCCUUUUUGACGACGCAGUCGCAAACAAACUCAAACACCUCUUAGCAGAGGCUGUCAAAGAGGCACGGCAGGGCACUUGCUGGGAGUUCACCAGGUGGACCGUCGUUGGGAAGAAGCCCGCCGCAGCGUAG